AUGAGUGACUCUGAAGACGACGUUGUAUUGUCACAACUUGCAGUAAAGACCGAAUCCCCAUCAACAUCACCAACUUCAAAUGAUUCCGAUAUGGAUAUCGACAACAAAGAGCACGAUGACGAUAGCAAUGAUGACAAUGGCGGGAAUGAUGACGAUGACGAUGACGAUGAUGAUGACUAUGAAGACGAAGACAACAUACCCUUGUCUCGCAAAACAAACAGAAAAGUUAAGGUGAAGAAGGAAAUAUCCGAUGAAGAAGAUGAAGAUAAACCUUUGGCAAAAAAGAGAAAACUCAGUAAUGGCACAGCAAAAAAAGCUAAUAAAGCUGCAACAACGCCCAAGAAAAAAACAGCAACUACAAAGGUGAAAAAAGAGUCUAAAACAACAACAACAACAACAACACCAGCAACAACCAAAAGGAAAACACCUGCAAAAGCAACAACAACCACAAAAACACCAAAAACAACAAAAGCAAAAACAACAAAAGGUACCACUACUACCAAAGUCAAGGCUGAACCAUCUACUAAAAAGACUACAAAGGCUUCUCAAGUAAAAAAAGAAACAUCAGUUAAAAGUGAAACUCCAGAGUCAGGAGAUGGUGGAGACGACGACGAUGAAGAAGAAGAAGACGCAGGCUACAAAUGGUGGGAAGCCCAAGACGAACAUGAUGGAGAGAUCAAAUGGACAUCACUCGAACAUAAUGGUGUUAUGUUCCCACCAGAAUACGAACCUUUACCUUCACACGUCAAACUAUACUACGAUGGGAAACCAGUCAACUUGCCAGUCGAAGCAGAGGAAGUUGCCGGUUUCUUCGGGGCAAUGGUUGAAACCGACCACGCCAAGAACCCAGUUUUCCAAAAAAACUUUUUUAAUGAUUUUAAAGAAGUGUUGAAGGAAUCAGGCGGAUGCAAUGUUGACAUCAAAGAGUUUGAGAAGAUGGAUUUUAGCAAAAUUUAUGCCUACUAUGAGAAAAAACGAGAAGAGAAAAAAGCAAUGAGUCGAGAAGAAAAGAAAAGACUUAAGGAAGAAAAAGAUAGGAUCGAGGAACCAUUCAAGACAUGUUUAUUGAAUGGAAGAAAAGAAUUGGUGGGCAAUUUUAGAAUAGAACCUCCAGGCUUAUUCCGAGGUCGUGGCGCACACCCAAAGACGGGUAAGUUAAAGAGAAGAGUACGCCCCGAGCAAGUCACCUUGAACUUGAGUAAAGGAGUCAAGAUUCCAGAACCUCCUGCAGGACACCAUUGGGCAGAAGUACGACAUGAUAACGAGGUUACAUGGCUUGCAAUGUGGAAAGAAAACAUUUCAGAUUCAUUUAAAUACGUGCGAUUCGCUGCAAACUCUUCUGUUAAAGGACAAUCCGACUUUAAGAAGUUUGAAAAAGCUAGAGAAUUGCGUCAACACGUUGAUGCUAUAAGGAAAGAUUACACCAAGAUGCUCAAGUCAGAAAAAAUGCAAGAUCGACAAAUGGCAACGGCAAUGUACCUUAUUGAUGUGUUUGCCUUGAGAGCAGGCGGUGAAAAGGGUGAGGAUGAAGCAGAUACCGUGGGUUGUUGUUCACUUCGAUAUGAACAUCUUACUUUAAAACCACCGAACCAGGUCAUUUUUGAUUUUCUUGGUAAAGACUCUAUUCGUUUUUACCAAGAAGUUGAAGUAGAUAAGCAAGUGUUUAAGAAUUUGCGAAUUUUCAAAAAAGAUCCCAAGAGACCCGGUGACGAUAUCUUUGAUAGGAUAAACCCGUCAAUGGUUAAUAAACAAUUACAAAAUUAUAUGAAGGGUUUAACUGCAAAAGUGUUUCGUACAUACAAUGCAUCAAAAACUAUGCAGGACCAAUUGGACCUUAUACCCAAUGAAGGUACUGCUGCUGAAAAAGUUGUUAAAUUCAAUGCGGCAAAUAGAACAGUUGCCAUAUUGUGUAAUCACCAGCGUACCGUUAGUAAGAACCAUGGCAACUCUGUGCAAAAAAUCAAUGAUAAGUUGAGAGAAUUGAUUUGGCAGAAAAUUAGACUCAAGAAGAUGAUUUUGAAGUUGGAGCCAAAGUUGAAGAAGAAGGACCCCAAGUAUUUCGAAGAACUUGAGGAUUUGUCCAAUGAAGAGAUUGAGCAUAUUCACCAUUUAGUUAUCGAAAGACACCGGCAACAAGUGCAAAAGAAGUUUGAACGAGAUAACGAGAAAUUAAAGUUGGAGAAGAAACCAUUGCUCAAAAAGAAAGACAUUAAGGAGAAAUUGGAUAAAAUAACAGAAUUGGAAAAGGAAUACAAAAAGGAGCUAAAGACCGGGAAGCCAGAGAUCCCCAAAGGCGCUACAGUUGAGAAAUUGAAAACACAAGUUGAAAACAUGGAGAAUAGAAUUGUUAGCACCACUUUACAAUUGAAAGACAAAGAAGAUAACUCUGAAGUCUCUUUGGGUACAUCAAAGAUGAACUAUAUUGAUCCAAGAUUAACGGUGAUGUUUUCCAAAAAAUUUGAUGUUCCAAUUGAAAAAUUGUUUACAAAGACAUUGAGAGAGAAGUUUAAAUGGGCCAUCGAGUCAACUGACAAAGACUGGAGGUUUUAA